UUACGGAAAUGCUCUCAACCCGGCAUUAAAUAAGCCUCCCCGCCUCACCUGAUCCCCUCCCCCUUCCUUCUCCUCCGCCUCUCCGAUUGAGUGGCUCACCUUCCUCCCCUCUUCCCCCAACCAGCUCCGAGGUUGCGAGUAGCAAUCCUCUCCCCCGCCCGCCCCCUCGAUUCCUCCAGAUUUUGGCUCGGUUCUCUCGAGCUCGAGCAGAUCAGCCUCCUCCGAUCGAAGCUCUGGUCUCGGUUUACCCGUCCAAGAACUGCUGCUGUUCUUGGUGGAGGAUCUUUGGCGGAAGAUCCAAACUCUUGUGUUGGGGUUCUCCGGGUUUUCCUGCGCUGGAGGGAGGUUUCGUUCUCGCUGGCCAUGGUUUGGCUGGGAAGCAGCAUCUUGAUGCCCAAUCUCUGAGCUUUAUGAAGAUCGCCAGCCACCUGCGCCGCUCCUGCUUCCACCACUCCUUCUCGGUUGUCUUCCUCUACUGGUUUUAUGUGAUCUCAUAACUUGCCCUCACCCGGAUCCGCCAUUCCCCGUGCUCUCCCCGUCCCCUCUCUCUCCUCCCUUCGUUCUUGCUUUCCUGAAGAAUCGCCCAAUAAAAGCACUAGCAGCAGCAGCGGUAGAGAAUUUGGUGGUAAGCUAGGCCGGCCCCGCGCGGAAAGAUCCUGCCUCGAUGUCGUCGUCGUCGCUGUCGCCGGCGGGGAGGAUGUCCGGGUCGGACGGCGACUCGGCGGCCGACACGCACCGGCGCGAGAAGCGGCGGCUGUCGAACCGCGAGUCGGCGCGGCGGUCGCGGCUGCGGAAGCAGCAGCACCUGGACGAGCUCGUGCAGGAGGUGGCGCGGCUGCAGGCCGAGAACGCGCGCGUGGCGGCGCGCGCCGCCGACAUCGCGUCGCAGUACGCGCGCGUGGAGCAGGAGAACACCGUGCUCCGGGCGCGCGCCGCCGAGCUCGGCGACCGGCUGCGCUCCGUCAACGAGGUGCUCCGCGUCGUCGAGGAGUUCAGCGGCGUCGCCAUGGACAUCCAGGAGGAGAUCCCGGCCGACGACCCGCUGCUCCGCCCGUGGCAGCUGCCCUACCCCGCCGCCGCCAUGCCCAUCGGCGGCGCGCACAUGCUCCAGUACUGAUGAAGUGAUGAUGAUGCCUCUCCACCAGCCAUGGAGGCAGCUGGAGCCUCGGCUGUGGUUGGCAAGAAAGAAUGGGCUGCCCACAUCUACCUGGCUGCAUUGAGAACUACAUAGGGGCUCUAUCUGCUGCUGCUGUGUUAAAUCUGUAUUCUGGUUCUUCAAUAAUUGUUGCUGUUGUCUGUCUGUGUGUAAGUGAUGAUGCUCAUCUUAUGUAAGGUGUAAUUUCGUGUUUGGUUUCUGUACUUCCUGUCUAGUAAUGUUAUGAAUUAAGUGUUAUGAUUUCCUACCCCCUCUAUAUAGUUUCAGUUAGAUCUGAA